AUGGAUAGUGGAGGACUUACUGAAGGUUAUACUAAAGAGGCAGGUAGCUCCUUGGGAGACAUGGUAUCAAAAAUUGGUGAAGGAACAACAACCAAUACUGCUGCUGCAUUGCCUUCUCUGCAGGUGUUUGGUGAUGUUCAAGUGAAGAUAAAAGAAGUUGAAGAAAGAUUCAAGUUAGCAACUCAAGUUUCAGACAAUAAUCCUUUUGAUGAUGAAGCUCUUCAAGAAUUAGUAAAAGCUCAAAAUGAGCAUGCUAGCAGAGAAGCUCAAGCUAAUACUUUGUUGAGACAAAAGUCUAGAGUCAAACGGAUAAAGGAAGGAGCAGCUAAUACAAUAAAAAAAUUUGAAUUUCAACCUGUUGAUGGAGAAGACAAAUUAUUAGAGGUGAUACCAAAUGUUAUUAAUGAAGAAGAUCAACAAAAAUUGGAUGUCAUUCCUGAGGAAGAAGAAAUAAAGAGAAUUGUGUUUGAAAUGGAUCCAGAAAGUGCACCAGGACCAGAUGGAUUUUCAGGCAUAUUUUAUCGAAGAUGUUGGGAGAUAAUUAAAGAAGAUUUAGUUGAAGCUAUACAGUUCAGUUGGAGAAGAAAAUUUAUACCCAAAGGGAUUAAUUCUAGUUUUUUAGUCUUACUACCUAAGACACAAGGAGUAAAAACUGCAAAUCAGUUUAGGCCAAUUGAUUUAAGUAAUGUGAUUUUCAAAAAAUUUACAAAAAUAAUCACCAAAAGAAUGAGUGAGUUAAUGGAAAAAUUAAUAUCACCUCAGCAGGUUGCUUAUGUUCAAGGGAGAAGUAUUCAUGAACAAGUUCUUUUAGCAUCUGAACUUGUGAAUGAAAUGAAAUUCAAAAGAAGAGGAGGGAAUAUUGCUAUAAAACUUGAUAUCUCUCAGGCCUAUGACACAGUUAUUUGGGAUUUUUAG